AUGGCGGCUUUACGAACUGGCAUCUUUAUCAGAUUUUUCAUAUGUGGAGGCUCAAUUAUUACCAACAGACAUGUGCUAACAGCUGCUCACUGUAUCGACUCUGUUUAUGGAGGAAGUGGUCUUUCUAUGAUACAGCCGGUGUCCUUGAGCUUCGAUUACAUUACUGGUGACAUCAUAUCUCGGGUAGCUGGAUGGGGUAGAACAGUGGUAGCUGGUCCUCUGUCUAAUCGUCUGUUGGAGCUGGUCGUUAAGACAGUUGACGGAGAAGAGUGCUCGAAGGCUAUCAACUACAAUAUAAGUGCCGCCGAACAAUUUGCCAAGUACGACCCGGAGUUAGAGCUAUGCGCUUUUGAGGAGAAGGGAGAUUCCGGCAGCGGUCUCGUUCGAAAGGACAGAAAUGUGCAAAUCGGAAUAGUGUCUUGGGGUUACGCGUGUGCGCGAGGAGUGCCAGAUGUAUAUGUGAGGCUUAGCGCAUACAGAGAGUGGAUUGAAGAGGCAUUAUCUCGAUAA